AUGGAUGUUUCCGAAGAUCUAGCAAGGGAUUACCCUCCAAGACUUUACCCUGAAGGGGCUUCUAUUUUUGAAAACAAAAGCAUUAAUACGAAUAGCCAUUUUUCUGAGAUCCCUCGACUUAGACAAGCAAUUGGAAUAGAUGUGUGGGAUAAUCUGAAGACGUAUCCUGUUGGAUUGAUUGCUAAACUGGCUGAGAGCAAAUUGGUGUGGUCUGGUAAGACCGUACAUUAUCUACUUUGUAGACAGCUGCGAGUCUAUAAGAAGGAGAUUUGGUCUCUCGUUGUUGAUCAACCUCUCAGGUUUAGCUUAAUAGAAUUUGGUGAGAUCACGGGUUUAAACACAAAUCCACUGCCAGAAGAAAGUUUUGAACCUGAUCCAGAGAAUUACAAAGCGUUGUGGGAGUUGUUGAAAGUGCCGCUUGGGUACGGACCCAAGUUUGAUGAACUUAUAGAAGCUUUAACGGAGUGUCCAUUCUGGAGUGCUGAUCAGCGGAAAUGGUAUGGGCUGUUGUUUCUUCAAGCCAUUGGACUUUAUGGCUUGCAUCAUAAUUGUAGAAUACCCUUUGAAAGUGCAAAAAGAGUAUUCGAUGAUGAUGCCUUGAUGACUUAUCCUUGGGGUCGGACUGCAUAUGAAUUUCUUGUUGAUUCUAUCAAGUUGUUGCAUCCACAAGGAGGGUCGUACACCCUUAGCGGCUUCAAGGACGUGUUAUUGGUUUGGGCGUAUGAAUCUGUCACAGUGUUCGGAGAGCUUUAUGGCAGAAAAGUGAAUCCAGACGAAAUUCCGCUUUUGCGAUGGGGUGGAAGUCGUACUCGUGCAAGUCUUGCUACUACAAUAGCUAAGGAGAUGAAUGAUCAUGGAACGGUGCGUGUGAGGAAAAUGGUGAUGAAGGAGGGUCUAGAAGAGCUGUUUCCUCAGUGGAAGGAUGAAGCAGAUGACCCACAACUUGAUAACCUAAUUAAAGAUAUACAUGCAGAUAGGUUUGUUAGAGAUUUUUAUGUGCAAUCGAAUGAGAAGAACAAAAAAACGAAGGCUGGAGUUUCGUCAGAGGCUGAGCCACCCUCAAAGAAGCAGAAGAAAGGUAAGAAACAGAAGGAGGUGAAAAUCAAUGAGGGUGAAACUGCUGUUGUAGAGGAGAAGGAGAGUGCAAAGGAGAAGGGUCGUAGCGAAGCGGUUCUGCUGAACAUAGUUGCUCAUCUCGAGAAGUUGGACCGAAAAUUUGACUCGAGAUUAACAGAAUACGACACCAAGUUUGGAGAUUUUUCCCAAGGCCUUUUGGAUACCAUUGGAGAUACAGUGAAAACUACAGUUGAAGAGCGUCUGAGAGUUUUGGGGGUGUCCAAUAGUAGUCAACCUGAAGGUCAACACGUGAUGGUCUCAGAAGACAACCAACAGCCGGAGUCCAAUAGUGGUCAACCUGAUGGUCAAAACGUGAUGGUCUCAGAAGACAACCGACAGCCGGACUCCAAUAGUGGUCAACCUGCAUCUAAGACCCCUAUUGAUAAACAGUCCGAAGACAGCCAACCGCAAAAGACCCCUGAUAAAGGCCAAUCUGAGAAGAAUCUGGCAGAUGAUAUUGCUAAAGCUGAUGCGAAAGGUAUGGGAGCAAAGCUGAAUUCGAAGGUUGUCAGGGAUAAGGCUGCUGGGGUGAAAAAGAACUUGGAUUCGGCGUUUGGUAAUGCCGAUGCAACAAAUGCUGAUUUGGUCUCUGAUUCUCCUGGUAAGGAACCACCAUUCGGACGCGGUUGCAGGGGCUUAGGGAAAAGAAAUAACUUAGCGGCUGAUUUGGAGAGGAAUGAAGCUGAGUUAAAGAAGAAGCAGAAGGAAAUUCCACAUGGAGAAGCUCACGAGGAUAUUGAGUUCUACAGAAUCCUCAUCACUCCAAGACCUUGGCCCAUCAAAGAAUAUGGAUGGCUGGUUCAAAAUCAUAUUGCUUCGUAUAUUAGAGUCCUCAUUCAAAGGUCCAAACAAGAUCCCAGCCCAUUCUGGUCCAAGCGCGUUGCCUUUAUAGACUCUUGGUUCCUUGAAUCAUGGGUUCACGAUUAUAAGCAGUUCGAAGUCAAACCGGAAAUGGUCAAAUUCAAAGGAAGUGGUUACGAGGGGUUAGCAAACGGUUUGAUCCCCACAGACAUUCAGACAAAGUUGCGGUGGUUUACAGAUGUAGAUCACUUGUACGGAGUGCUUAAUACUGGCGGCAAUCAUUGGGUGGGUUUUCACGCGGAUCUGCAUAAAGAGAAGGUUGAUUGCUAUGAUUCAAUCGUUGGAGAGCAAACACUCGAAAGUGAUCUGAGAAUGCUAAAUUUCUUUGGGCCGCUUACUCGUAUGAUCCCUGCGAUUCUGAAUGCCCUUAUUCCUGAUGAUAUCCGAGUCCAUACCAAGAAAGAGUUUGUAUUCAGACGAAGAACAAAACGUAUUGUUCCACAAAACAACCUGAGAGGCGACUGUGGAGUGUAUUCAUUGAAGUUCGUCGAGUGUCUAGCGCUUGGUGUAGCUUUUGAUGGGAUAUCGGAUGAAAAUAUUCAAGGUCUGAGAAUGAAGAUGGCAGCAGAUGUCUUCAAUGAAGGAAGUUGUAGUUUGGUAGGGUCGUUUGGCGAUGAAUGA